GUUUAAAGUUCUUGAAGGACGUAGAGCGAAAGAUGAAGAGAGAGCGUGGCAGCUGAAGGAAGUGGCUGAUAAUAUUCCAAAGAGGCUAGCUAGGUGCUCAAGAACGCGAAAGAGGAGAUAAUCACAAUACUGAUGCAAAGAGUAGAGACCACGUGAAUUCAUGCUAAUUAAAGCCAUAUGUCAAAGUUCCGAGACAGAGUAAUAUGCUAACUAGAUCAUGACCAGGUUGUUGAUGGAAAUUAAUCUUAAAUCUGAUAUGAAGUCGAAGUAGUUUCAGUGUUUUGUUACGGGUGAUUCAUGAAGCUCGGCUCGGUACACUGACUUUUCAACUUGAAAAUUCGAGGCUGUUAAAAAGUGUAAUUUUCUCAAAAAAAUGAUAUUGACAGCUUUGGAGUAGUCGGCCCUACGGCCACUAAGGGGAAAUCUGCCUAGUUAUGUAUCUUCGCUCUUGGGCACCUCAUGAUGUUCCAAAGUGGUGCUCAACAACGACAGCACAAGGAAAGAUUAAUUUUUAAGAAAGCACAGGAAUUGAAGGAAGACCAUGGCCUUCAAUGGAAAGCUUUUGCAUCCUCUGCUAGUACUUGGGGUACUGAUCAUAUUAAUUUUAGUAGCACCAGCAGCAUCUAAACCCAAUUUAUCAUGUGAGCGUAGAUGUGGACAAGUUGACAUCCCCUACCCAUUUGGAACAAGCGAGGGCUGUUACCUUGACUCAACAUUUAACAUCACUUGUAACAACAUAUCGCAUCCUCGAAAACCAUCUCUGCGCCCUGAUAUGUUUGUCAAGAACAUAUCAAUAGUGGAUGGUGAACUGCGAGUCUCAAACCCCGUUGCCAGUCUUUGUAAAUUCGCCAACCCCAAAGCAUGCAAUAAACAUGAUCCUUACACAAGAUGCCAGCAGGGACCGUCCUCACCAAAUAGCAAAAAUUCCGCCCUAACUAUCAGCUACAGUGGCAACUCUGCCUUGUUCAAGUUGUCAAAUUUUCGCGUCUCAAAUAAGAGGAACAAGAUCACUGCCGUGGGUUGUGGCGUUUAUUCGUUUAUUCAAGGCUCUGUGGAACAGGAGGGCUUCACGACUGGAUGCUUGUCACUCUGUAACGACCAUGCCACCGAUGUGGUUAACGGGUCAUGCUCUGGGAUUGGCUGUUGUCAGACAGAAAUCCCGAAAGGAGCGACCGAAUUUAAUCUAAGUGUUCGGAGCUUGAGCGACGACACGAAAACUAUUGGCAUCGGUGAAUGUGCUUAUGGAUUUAUAUUGGAAGAACAAGCAUACAACUUUUCAUACUCAGAUUUCAAAGAUCUGAAGAAUAGAGAGGAUGUAACACUGGUGCUUGAUUGGGCAGUUGGAAAUGAGGCAUGCGAAGAUGCUAAGAAAAAAAAGGAUAGCUAUGCAUGUAAAGCAACGAAUAGUUAUUGUUACAAUUCCAGCAACGGCCCUGGGUAUCGUUGCAAUUGCUCCGAUGGUUAUCAUGGGAACCCAUACCUCCCUAGUGGACCUGAGAGUUGCCAAGAUAUCAACGAGUGCAUUUCGCUUCCGAAACCUUGUGCUGGUAAUGCAACAUGCAACAACACAGAUGGAAAUUACACAUGUACUUGUCGACAUGGGUUCGAAGGAGAUGGGAUGAUGCCACCCGGAAUAGGUUGCAGAGCUAAAGAAAGCCAAUCUAGAAUGAUUCCUAUUGCACUCGGUGCUAGUACAUGCCUUGGGAUAUUAUUUUUGCUUAUUGGUGGAUGGGGGUCAUACAAAGUGGUAAAGAAAAGGAAAAGGAUUGAACGUAGGCAGGAGUUCUUUAAACGAAAUGGCGGACUGUUGUUACAGCAACAAAUAUCUCAAAGUGAACUGAAUGUCGCGAACACGAAAUUAUUUAAUUCAAAGGACUUGGAGAAGGCCACUGACCAUUUUAAUGAUAACAGAAUACUUGGUCAAGGUGGACAAGGCACCGUUUACAAAGGUAUGUUAGAGGAUGGAAGAAUCGUUGCUGUGAAAAAAUCAAAGAUAAUUAAUGAAGGAAAGCUUCAAGAAUUCAUUAAUGAAGUUGUCGUUCUUUCACGAAUUAAUCAUAGGAACAUUGUUAAACUACUUGGUUGUUGCUUAGAGACAGAAGUGCCUUUACUAGUGUAUGAAUUUGUUCCUAAUGGAACUCUCUCGAAAUAUCUAAGUGACCAAAAUGAAGAGUUUCCACCAACAUGGGAUAUGCGCUUACGAAUUGCCACAGAAAUUGCAGGAGCUCUAUACUAUUUACACUCAGCAGCUUCAUUGCCCAUUUACCAUCGAGACAUUAAGUCAACGAACAUUCUCUUAGAUGAUAAAUACAGAGCAAAAGUAGCAGAUUUUGGGACUUCAAGAUCCGUUGCUAUUGAUCAAACUCACUUGACUACACUAGUGCAUGGAACUUUUGGAUACUUGGACCCGGAGUAUUUUCAGUCAAGUCAAUUUACACAAAAAAGUGAUGUUUAUAGUUUUGGUGUUGUCCUUGUUGAGCUUUUAACUGGAGAAAAGGCUAUCUCGUUGACAAGGACACCAGAAGCUAAAAGUUUAGCCACAUAUUUUAUUUGCUCGAUGGAAGAAAACAAUUUGUUUGAUAUUCUUGAUAGACGAGUUCUAAAGGAAGCUGUAAAAGAAGAGCUUAUUACAGUCGCAAACCUUGCAAAAAGGUGCCUAAACUUGGAUGGGAAGAAACGACCUACAAUGCAAGAAGUCUCAAUGGAGUUGGAAGCAGUAAAAAUAUCACAAAAAGCUUCAAGCCUUGAAAUGUGCAAAAGAGAUGAUAGGCCUACUAUGACGGAAGUGGCGGUGAUGCUAGAUGGACUAAGAGGUAAGGAAAAGCAAACAAGGAAAGAAGCCGAUCUCAAUACAGAAGAGAGUGAGUAUUUGCUUAGUACAUACCCACACUCUUUAAGCAUUGAUGUUGGCGUUGGCUGUUCUUCCACAAGUACCUUGGAUAGUACGUGAAAUCAAGCACUAAAACCAACAAAUGAUGGCAGAUAAUCCAUUAGUCCAAUCCUUAAAAGCCUCAAUCAGCCAGCCUCUUCCUCCAAAUCAAUGGAUGAUGGUAGAUUUCGGUCUCUUUGCAUGCAGUGUUUAAGUUUUCUCCACAUAGAUCUUUUGGUAUGUUCAAAGUUUCCUCUCAAGGUCUGCUUUGCAUUAUUGAGAGCUUUUGUACGUACGUAUGAGCAAGUCCAGUAGUACUGGUUAAUUAGGUGUCCGCUUUGAAAGUUGUCCUAAUUUCGACAUGUGUGUUCUAAGUUUUUAUUUGUGGAUUAUGCAUGGGUAGAUUUAUUGUAACUUAAAUAUUAGUGUUUGGGGUUGAAAGAAUUUAUACUUUCUAGAAAAGUCAAUGCUUUGCUGGAUA